AUGAGCGCGCCUGCCGGCGGCGGACGCGGGGGCGGAGCGGGAGGCGGCGAGCCUGCGGCGCGGGGCGGGCUGCAGCUGGCGCGGUCGGUGACGCGGUACGCGUCGUGCACGGUGGACCCGCGGCCGGCGCGCGCGGUGCACUGCCCGGACCUGAACGCGUGCCUGCUGGGCGACGCGGGAGCGGCCGCCUCGCCCGUCGACUGCCGCGCCGUGCACUUCGGCUACGCCGUGCCCGUCAACGUGGUGCCCGUGGAGGCGGGCUGCGCCGAGCUGGUGCUGGACGCGGGCACCGACCUCAGCCCGGCCGCUGUCUCCUACCUGCUGGAGCGCCACCCGCAGCUGCGCGAGGAGGCGGCGCGCGCGCGCCACGCCGGGGCCGCCCCCGCCGACCGCGCGCGCAGCUUCCGGCCCGUCUCCUCCUCCUCCGCCUCGUCCACCUCCUCCGCCGCCUCCGGCUCCUCGGAACCCGAAGAGGACAUCGCCGCCAUCGCCAAGCAGAUCUCGGACCACGCCGAAGCCAUCUACCAGACGUGGAAGUCGCGCGGUCUCAAGCCCACCGAGAUCCUGUCGUGCCACGCCGCCGACAAGUUCGUGCCCGCCCUCACGCCGCAACAGCAGCAGCAGCAGCAGCAGCAGCAGCAGCAGCCGCGGCCCGCCUCGGCAGAAGCCGGCCAGAGGCGCGCUUCUCCCGCCAAGACGUCGCCGCUGCACUCGCCGAGCCAGACCCCCAUGGUGGACCUCCUGGCGUCCGAGGCGAGUCUGGAGCAGUUCGUCAACAACUUCGUCUCGGAGGACAAGGCGCGGCUGGCGGCCGCCCGCCAGCGCUCGGCCGCUGCAUCCUCGCCGUCGUCCAAGGCGCUGCCGUCGUCCAUCCAGUAUGCUCUGCAGAAGUUCGAGCGACCGGCGCAGCAGCCGCAGAGGCAGCAGCCGGCCAAGACGCCGUCCCCGGUUACCUCGCCGUACCUCGAGCACGCCUCGCCCGUCUCUGACCCCUCCAAGAGUCGGCAGACCGACCCGCCGAGAACUUCGCCUUACACUCACAUCCGAACGUCUUCCAUUCCGUCCACCACGCCGACCAAGACCACGGUGCCGUUCCAGAAGCUCAUACUCGGCGACACCAUCGAGACGAUUUUCCCGCCAGACCUGCCGAAGCAGCAGCAGCAGCAGCCGUCUCCCGCGCCUCAGCAGUCCGACAAGUCUGCCGGCGGCGCAGACUCCUCCGGGCUGACGACGUGGCCGCUCAAGAACAAGGUGGUCGGCGGGUCGGCCGUUCCGGAGAAGACGGGCGCUAAGACCGGCGCGGGCGCCGACCGCGGGAAGUCCAAAUUCGCGACACUGCCGUCCGAGGCGGCCCGCAACAACAACCGCAAGAAUACGGCGCAGUACCUGGACGAGGUGGCGCGCGAGGAGGAGCGCCUCAUCAACGCGCUCAAGACGGGCAUCAUCAUCGCCGAGGAGCCGUCGCCGGCCGCUCCCGCGUCCGCCAAGAAGGCGUCGCUGCUGUCCAAGAAGAACAGCGCCAACAGCGCGCCGGUGGUGGCGACUGCGGCGGAGCCGAAAGCGGGCAAGCCGGCGGUGCGGGCCGCCGCGGCCGCCACAGGCGCGCCCGCCGCCCGGCCGCGGCCGGAGCCCGUGCCGCACCCCGAGCUGACGUCGCAGCAGCGCCAGCACAUCCGACAGUCCGCCUCCAACCCGGUGCGGCCCUUCCUCACCAGGGGCUCCGUCGCGGAGCGAGUCCUCAUCUUCGAGAAGUGCCCCAGCGAAGCCCUCCUCAGGGGCAGGCCCACGCCGGCCUCCUGGCAGCAGCGGGCUGCUGCCGCGCAGGCCCACGCCCGCGACAAGGAGAAUAUUCGUCCAACUUCUCUCCCUCCAAAUACAACCCUCCAGAGACACGUCAAGGCCAACAGGAAUGUACACAUUCCCAGGUUUUAUUUCCCCAAAGGGAAGCCAAGCAGUGAACAAAAUUUGGAUGCUGUAGUUCAAAAAAUAUCUGCUGCAUUUCAACAGUUUCCUGGGCAGCAGGUAUCCCAAGAAAAUUUUGCAGUUAUCACCAAGGCAUGUGACUGCCCACUGUACUGGAAAGUUCCACUUUUCAUUGCUGCUGGAGGUGAAAAAUUAGGACAUGUUGAAGCGAAUUCCUUCAUAGAUUUCUGGAAGCAGUUAUCGUCAUCCUGUCAUGACCAGGCAUCCCGUUUCAUGUAUAUACUCACUAAAGGGCAAAUGCGGCCUUUGGUUGCAGAUGACUUUGUACCUCUUGUGCAAGAUGUUGUUGACACACAUCCUGGUCUGACUUUCCUCAAGGAGGCAACUGAAUUUCAUUCACGCUACGUUCAUACUGUUAUAACACGAAUCUUCUACUGCGUUAAUCGUUCCUGGAGUGGCAAGAUCACUCUGCCAGAGUUGAGGCGUUCGGACCUCUUACGUAUUAUUCAGUUACUGGAGGAGGAGGAAGACAUCAACCAAGUGACAGCAUAUUUCAGUUAUGAACAUUUUUAUGUUAUUUACUGCAAAUUCUGGGAGCUGGACCGAGACCAUGAUCUGUACAUAGAUCGACAAGAUUUGGCUCGGCAUAGUGAACAUGCAUUAUCGUCACGUAUGAUUGACCGAAUAUUCUCGGGAGCCGUCACUCGUGGACCAAGGCAUGAAGACAAGAUGAGCUACACAGAUUUUGUUUGGUUUUUAUUGUCUGAGGAAGAUAAAACACACCCAACUGCAAUUGAAUAUUGGUUCAGGUGUAUGGAUCUUGAUGGUGAUGGUUUCCUGUCCAUGUAUGAACUUGAAUAUUUUUAUGAGGAGCAGCUGCAAAGAAUGGAAGCACUGGGCAUGGAAACGUUGCCCUUUGAAGACUGUCUGUGCCAGAUGCUGGAUAUGAUUCAUCCAGCAAUACCAGGAAAAAUUUCCCUGGCAGAUCUAAAGCGCUGUAAGAUGACACCUAUAUUUUUUGAUACAUUUUUUAAUUUGGAAAAAUAUUUGGAUCACGAGCAGAGGGAUCCAUUUGCUUCCCAACGAGAUCAUGAUACUGAUGGCCAUGAACUGUCUGACUGGGAUCGGUACGCAGCUGAAGAGUAUGAGCUUCUUGUAGCUGAAGAAGGGGGCAAUGAGCAACAGGAUGAUCUGAAAUUUGAAGAUGAUGCUGAAGAGGACGCAUUAUCACCCAAUCUGGACAAUAUUAUGAUGAACAUGUGUGGUGAGAAUAAACCGUUGAGCACAAAUGGUGAACAUCCUAAUCCUAUCCUCAAGGUAACAGACUUUGACCUGGAAGAUGGUGAUGAUUCAGCAGAUUAUGCAGCUGAUAGUGAUUGUUCCAUGUAAGAUUACAGAAAUAUUGUUUUUGGAACUGUUUUUUACAUGUUCAUAAUUUGUUAUAAUGGCCAAAGAUUAAUUAUAUACAUAAAGACCUGCCAAGAAAGUGAGACGUGCAAUAUCCAAAGAUAUAAAGUGCAUUUUAGUAUACAUUGUAAUUUUAGGAAGAGACUGUUCAUUGAUAAUUAUGAAAUUGAUGUGAGAAGUGUACAACAUAGAUGAGUGCGUACUGUAAAAAGUUUGUAAGUAUCAGUACCUGUGCUGUUUGAAUAUGACCUUCAAAUACAACAUUGUGUAACUGAAUACUUUAGCUGUUCUAUUGUUUUCUGGGUAAUUUAAUGCUCAAAUAGUUUAUACAUUGUUAACAAAAAAAGUUAGUUUUGCUUCAUAAAACUUCAGCAACUUAUGAAGCAGUUUUAUUAAUUCUUUAACAGAGAGAAAGAGAAUGACUGUGUUUGUAUUCUGGCAUUGCAUGUAGCAAGAAAUACCUUAUUUGCAUGUUCCAAGUUUUGUGGUUUAUUUAGAAAUAAAUGAUGCAUUUAUAAUUCCCAUUUUAAUGAAGACAGCUGUUGCUGUAUUAUAACAGAAUAUUUCAAAAUUAUAUUGUUAUUAACAGUUUGUUUACAAGUCAGUAUCAAACAUAUGAUAAUUUUGUCAAGUAUUAUAAACAAUUGUAAUUUUGCUAAGCUGCCAUUGAUAAUAUAGCUAUAAAAUCUUAUUAAAUAUGUAAUAUCACUCUGUUACAUCAUUAAAUACAUUUGUAGAUAAUUAUUUGGGCAAAGGAAAUGGCAGCAUAGCAAUUUUUAAUGUCUUCAUACAUAUAUAUAUUUAUGAAUUUGUUACUCUUUUUCUUUGGUGUGUGUGUGUGUGUGUGUGUGUGUGUGUGUGUGUGUGUGUGUGUUUGAGAGAGAGAGAGAGAGAGAGAGAGAGAGAGAGAGAGAGAGAGAAGAAGAAGUCAAAGUGCUUACUCCUUAAUAAUUACACAGUGAGACAAGAGAGUGCAGUAACAGUGCCUAGUGGGAGAACUGUUACACAGAGUUUCUGUAAGAGUUCUUUUCCGUAAUCCUGUAGAAAUAUUUAUUGCUUACAACAGUAAUACAGUUCCCAUACCAUGUGUUAAUGUUAAAAAAAUAUGUCCAUAUUUUAUGAUACAAUAAAUGUAUGUGUUCCUAUAA